AUGGAUAAUAACAAGCCAGCACCAAGUCCAGAAGAACUUAGAGAAAAGAGAUUAGCAUAUUUUGAAUCUAAGUUAUCACUGCCCGUCAAUUCAACUAUGCCAGAAAAGCAGUCUGCUAAGAAUAGAAUAGUAGAUAAAGAUGUUUUCAAUAUGAAGGAUCCAGAUAAAGGGAAACCUAGAACUACAAAUUCUCAUUUUGAGACUGAUAAUGCCAGUAUUGGGGCAGUUAAUGGCUUAGAUGAUAUUGAAGCUGAGUUUUCUAGACAAGAUUAUCGCAUUAAUUCUCCAUUAAAACAAGUGAAAUUGAAAGCUAGAAGGGAAUCAUUCCAGUCAGACAGUGAUUUUUUGACUGAUGUUUCUGACAGAAUUGAGGAGAUUCAUGUCGUUCAACCUUUCAAUCACGCCAAAAGUGAGCAAAAACUGCCAGAAAUCGAUUCUAAAGUGCCUAGUUUGAAUUUAAGGGAUUCUCAAAAUUUAGAAGCAGUUUCUGUGUUUAAAAGUGUAGCUGAUUUUGAGGAUUUAGGGCUAUCUACCCAUAGACCUUCCUCUCCACCAUCUACUAUUUCAGUUCUGGACAAACGUCUAACUGCAGAAAAUUCAAUCUUAGAUGCCAGUGAUAUUAAAAGUUUGUUAGGUGAAGACAAGUAUGAAGAAUUUUUAAGAAAAUCUGUGAAAGACAUCAAUGCUUUGUAUCAAAAUAAGACAACAGAAACAUCACCUCAUUUACUGGAAGGUGUUUCAACUGUUGGUCCUUUUACAGAAACUGAAGUCUCAACUGAAGUUACUGAAAAUCACAUAGUUCAUAACAAUUUCAAUACUAAUCACAGUAAACCAGUGAGCAAUAACCAGAGACACUUUCCAGAUGAUUUGAGUCAAAUCUCAUCAUCUUCAGUCCAUAAUCAGAUUCCUUCAAAGAACAUCAAUGAUCUGGAACGGGAGCAUCACAAUGGUCAGCCAAGAAAUUAUGACCAAGUUCUUGUAUCCAGAAAUGUGACGUUUUCAGCUGAUGAAAUUUACAGACAGGCAUAUGGUGGAAGAUUUGGUCCAAAUCAGACUGACCCCAGAAGAAGUCAACAAUACAGUCCAAACUCUGGCUAUUAUCCACCAUCUCCUCCUUACAAUGUCUUGAGUCCACGACAGCAGCAUUAUCCAGGUCCGAUGGGAAUGCCACCUCCAAAUUACCAACAUAUUCCUCCACCCAAUAUGAUGUACAAUUCCCAUGGAGAGAUGUUCAUGUCACCACCAUCUCCCCAAAAUUCUUACUUUCAACCCUAUUAUCCACGACAGUCACCACCAUCAAGGACCUACAUGCACCCUGGCUCACCAGGCACCAGUCCUCCUGAUGCUGGAAUUUUCAGCUAUCCUCCCCCAAACUAUCAACAGACUAUGUUUAACAAUAUGAACAUGAAUAACUGUAACCAGUACAGAAUGUUUGUACCCAGACCUCCAUCUCAACCUCAUGCUCAUUCUCCUCCAAGUCAGUCCCAAAAUUUUGACAACCAUCAGGGACACCCUCAGUACUAUCCACACAAUCACUACAAUAAGUUUGCCAAAAAUACCAAUAUACAGAAAGAAGCCUUAUCUAAAAAGAAGUCUGCUGCCAAACCAAUGGCAGUCCUUAUCAAAGAAGAGAUAAAAAAAGAUGGAAAUGUGAAAGAGACAACUAAGCAAAAAGACACAUCUUUAAGACAUAAAGAAGCUGUUAGACAGUACCAUGAACAGAGAAGGAAUCAACAAGAUGAUUCUACUGAAGAACAAUCAAACAAUAUUAAAGAAAGUCAGAGCUCAUCUUAUGCUGCCAGCUCCCUUCACAGAUAUUUUUCAUCAUUGGAAAACUUACAACAAAAACCUGAAUUACCAAGAAGAAAUAGCUUGGAUGAUUUUCGGGAGUCAUCUCCAGAAUCUGAAGUAGAUAAUGACAAUUUGACAACAGUUACAGGUGCCUCAGAAGUGACAACUGCAGUUGGCACAGAUGUUACUUCUGCUACAGCUAUGACAGCUGGUGGUUUGACUGAUCACAUCGAGAAGUUAGGCAUCACAGUCCCUAAUCUAAAAUUAGGGGAUUCAAAGAAAACAGAAUCUGCAUCAAAAUCAGAAAAAAAGGUCAUAAUCUGCCCAGAAUGUUCCGCACCUAACAAGGAUUAUAUGACAUGGUGUGGUGAUUGUGGAGAGGUGCUAAUUGGUGUCCAACCAGUUCUGGCAAAGAAGAAAAAAGCUAGACCAGAUAAAUCCAAAAAAUCCAAAAAUGGACUGAGUGUGAAACAAAUUAAAGAUAAUGAUGUAAAGAAUCAAGGUAGAUCUACAGAUGUGAAGCAAACAGUGUCUCAAGCAGCCAAAAUCAAACCCUCUAUCAAACAGUUUAAAGAAAAGGCCAAACAAAAGUUUCAAGUGGAUCCCAAAGAAGAGGACUUUUCAGAUGAGUCUUCAGGCAUUACUGAAUCUACAAUUUCAGAAGUGAAGGCAAAGUUUGAUCCAAAGUUUUAUAGAACAGAGAAAGAUAUCAAUGAAAUAUGUGAUGUCAUCACUGAUCCAGUCAUAAGAGGCUACAUCAGGACAUAUUUUAACCAGAAGACCAAAUCAUCUUUAGAUAAAGAUAGAGAUGCUCAUGGUAUGGAUCAAGACAUUACAGAUGCUUUUGCUGAGCAAGCUGAGCCAACUACCAGUAAAGAUCCACAGGAUCAGCCCGAUGAAGCAACACCUCCAGAAGAAGUACCAGAGAGCACUGAAUUUUCAUUGGAUUUAAAUCUGUCCAAUACAACAACUGAUAUGAAACAGGCUGCAGUAGGCUCACCUAAACCAAAAGGAAGACCUUUUGGAAAGAAGAAAGAUCAUGUAGAAAUUGAUAUUGAGGUGUUUGGAAUUGAAGAAAGCAGGGAAGUGAAGUCUACCAACUCUUCUGUGUCUGUUGUACCAUCUUUGAAUCUGGCAUCUAGCAGUAGCAGUGAAGAGGAAGAUGAAGCUAAGGAGCUCAACAGGCAGAUGAUGGUAGAUUCCUCAGUAGAAUCAGAUGUGUUUCAGGCUGUCAUGGAAGCAAAAAAAUCUGCCAAUGGUCCAGUUCAGAUUCAACCAACCAAGAAAGAUUCAUUUUUGGCACAAAUUUUAGGACCAAAAACACCAAAAAAGGCAACAACCAACAAACUGUCACCUAAACAGAAUAAGAAAGUGGUUCAAAGCAAAGUGGCUCAGUCCAUGAACAGUGUGCCUUUUGAGAGGAAGUGGGAGAAAUCAAACUUGGCCUGGUCUGCUAUUCAACCCAGAGAGAUGAAUCUUAAGUCUAGUGUUAGCAUGCCCAAGGCUAAACUUGGAUUCCCAAAUAAGAAAGGUGUGUCGGUGUAUUGUCUAGAAAAUUUUGGAUCUGCAGAGAAUAUGGCUAUGAAAUCUACUGAUAGUUCAAGAAAACAGAGACCUGCUAGUGCUGAUUUGUAUAGACGGAAGGUCCAGCAACAAAGACCAAUAAGUGCUCAACCUAAACCAACCACAACUGCAUACUCAAGACCAAGCAGUAGCAUGAGACCAAGUAGCUCCCAUGCUCGUCCAACUAGUGCCCAGCUUAGAGCAUCAACCAAUAAGAAAUCUUUUACAUCAUCACCAGUACCUCUGUCAUUGGAUGAUUUAGAAAAUUUUGAUGAAGAUGAUGAUGAUGUUGAAAUGCUAGAUGUUGGUCCACCACUGGUAGAUAAUGAUGAUGAGGUUAAUAUGCCUCAUAUUGUGGAACAUAGAUUGCCUGCUGAACUACCAAUAAAACAGCCUGUUGUGAAUUUGGUACCUGAGACAUCAUUAUCAGCUUAUAAUAAAUACCAUGAAUUGCAAUUUAUUUUGGGCCUUUUGCAGACACCAAGAAUUCAAGUGGGUGAUUUUUCACCGUGGGUGUGUAUGCCAGAUGAAAUAUGGCUUCAUAUAUUCUCCUACCUUAGUCAUAUUGAUCUGAAGAAUUGUGGUAAAGUUUGUCGACAAUUUCAUAGAGUGGCUUUAGAUGAAAUUUUAUGGAAAUGUAUAGCAGUAAAGAAACAACAUGCCAUAACAGAUGAAUGGUUAGAUCAAAUUUCUAAAAGACAUCCCAUAUCUCUGGCUUUAAUACAAUGUCAUGGUGAUUUAAUAACUAGUAAUGGUUUAAAACAGAUGUUUAAACAAUGUUCACAUACAUUAAGGGAACUAAAUUUUUCCCGGUGUAGUCGAGGGAGUCUAACUGGUGAUAGUUUAUUAUUACAUGCAGCUGAAACCUGUUAUAAUUUAACUCAUAUUGAUGCUAGUUGGUGUCACGUGACAGAUACAGGGCUAUCAGCUAUAGCACAAAGUUCUCAUAGUUUACGAGUAUUAGAGAUGUUUGGAUGUUUUAAUAUUAAUCAAAGAGGAUUAAGAUUUCUAGCCAAUAACUGUACUAAUUUAUAUACUCUCAACCUAGGACAGUGUUAUAAGCUAACUGAUUCCUGUAUGACCCAGAUAUCAGCAAAUUUAGGUCGAAUGGAGAAUUUAGAUUUACGUGGUUGUAAACAGAUUCGUGAUGCCUGUAUAAGAAAGAUUGUUAGGAAUUGUCCCAGAUUAAAAUCAUUAGUAUUAGCUAAUUGUCCUAAUAUAUCUGAUAAUGCUAUGGUAGAGGUGGCAACUUAUUCUAUGGAUAUCAGGAAUAUUGCUGUGUGUGGUUUUAGAAAUAUAACAGAUUAUAGUAUAAGAAAUACAACUAAUGUGAAUUAUAUUUUGGUUGUUGUAAGAGUAUUGAUGAGUAUUGAUGUGUGUGGUUGUAGAAAUAUAACAGAUUAUAGUAAAACAGAUUAUAGUAUAAGAAAUAUAACUAAUAUGAAUUAUAUUUUGGUUGUUGUAGGAAUAUUGAUGAAUAUUGAUGUAUGUGGUUGUAGAAAUAUAACAGAUUAUAGUAUAAGAAAUAUAACUAAUAUGAAUUAUAUUUUGGUUGUUGUAGGAAUAUUGAUGAAUAUUGAUGUGUGUGGAUGUAGAAAUAUAACUGAUUAUAGUAUAAGAAAUAUAACUAAUAAUUGUCAGAGAUUGACAUCAUUAGAUAUCAGCUCUACUGGCUGUACAAGUAGAAGUGUUAAUAUGUUAGCUAACUAUGGUAAUAGAUGUUUAGAAACAGUCAAAUUAAACUUUCUAACUGAUAUUACAGACACUAGUCUUAUUAAAUUAGUCAAACAUUGUUCUAAGUUGAAAACAUUACAUCUUUAUGGUUGCUCUAGUGUCCGUAAUAUACACCAAUUGAUAGCAAUUAACCCAAAAUUGGAUGUUGAAAGUUAG